CUAAACUCUCUCUACUUUUCUCUUUCUUCCCUUCCCAUCUCUCCGAAAUUUCUCUGUCUAGGUUCUCACCAUCUGUCACUUUCGAUGUUUUUGACAGAAUUAAGCGAACUGAAACAUUACCCCUCUGCUACUAACCCUUUCUUCCAAUCUUAUUCAACAGUCUUUCCCGAACUACAAGAAGAAUGAGCGAUGAGAUGGAAAAUCAGUAGAGGAAGAAAGAGAGCACUACGAAACAGAUAAAAACGAAUAUAAAAAAACUGAGAGCUGAAAAGUUGGAAGCAGAGAAACAUGAGCUUAAAAGACAGGUAGCUAGAGAGAGUGAGAUAAUAGAGGGGUGGGGAUUAAGAAGCCCUUCAUAAAAGCUUUGGAAUUUUGCAAAUGUCACAAGAUUCUGUCGAGAUAAAGACGAUUGAGCAGUGGAGAUGGUCGGAAAUGCAAGGCCUUGAGCUCGUCUCUCCUGCUCCUAUUUCUGACUCUCACACCGCACCAACACAAACAGAGGAAAACAGAGAGGCGAAGCCAAUGGACGCUACUCAAGAGGGAGAGCGAAAGGAAGUUGGAAGUCUCGCUAAUGGCAGUGCCAGCGGUGGAAGUGGUAGCAGUAGUGGGGAGAAGCCUGAGAAUAUUCCGGCUGUUGGAUUUGGCGAGCUUUUCAGAUUUGCCGAUGGGUUGGAUUACAUUCUGAUGGCUAUAGGAACAAUCGGAGCAAUCGUGCACGGUUGUGCUCUGCCGUUAUUUCUCCGGUUCUUCGCCGAUCUCGUCAAUUCUUUUGGGUCGAAUGUCAAUAAUGUGGACAAGAUGACCCAGGAAGUCGUCAAGUACGCAUUUUACUUCCUGGUGGUGGGUGCUGCUAUAUGGGCAUCAUCUUGGGCAGAGAUAUCUUGCUGGAUGUGGACUGGCGAGAGGCAAUCAACGAAGCUGAGGAUCAAAUACCUUGAAGCUGCCUUGAACCAGGACAUUCAAUACUUUGAUACCGAGGUUAGAACAUCUGACGUCGUUUUUGCCAUCAACACUGAUGCGGUCAUGGUCCAGGACGCCAUUAGCGAGAAGCUGGGUAAUUUCAUUCACUACAUGGCGACUUUUGUUUCUGGAUUUGUGGUGGGUUUCACCGCGGUUUGGCAAUUAGCUCUUGUUACUCUGGCCGUAGUCCCUAUGAUAGCUGUAAUCGGAGGCAUUCACACCACCACCUUGACCAAGCUCUCAGCCAGAGGCCAGGAAGCUCUCUCUAAAGCUGGAAACAUCGUGGAACAGACAAUCAUGCAGAUUCGAGUAGUACUGGCUUUCGUUGGCGAGAGUCGAGCAUUACAGGAUUACUCUUCGGCGUUGAAGGUAGCUCAAAAGACUGGCUACAAAAGUGGGUUCGCAAAGGGAAUGGGAUUAGGCGCGACAUACUUUGUCGUUUUCUGCUGUUAUGCGCUCCUGCUAUGGUACGGCGGCUACCUCGUCAGGCACCACUACACCAAUGGAGGACUCGCCAUCUCCACCAUGUUCGCUGUUAUGAUUGGCGGAUUGGGUUUGGGGCAAUCUGUGCCCAGCAUCACUGCAUUCACAAAGGCUAGAGUCGCUGCCGCAAAAAUUUUCCGAAUCAUCGACCACAAACCGGGCGUAGACCGGAAUACUGAUUCGGGUUUGGAACUAGAGUCCGUGACUGGGUUAGUUGAGCUCAAAAAUGUGGAUUUCUCAUACCCGUCAAGGCCAGAUGUUCGGAUCCUCGAUGAUUUCUCUUUGAAUGUGCCGGCCGGCAAGACCAUCGCUUUGGUCGGCAGCAGUGGCUCCGGCAAGAGCACCGUCGUCUCCCUCAUCGAGAGAUUCUAUGACCCCACUUCAGGACAAGUUCUGCUAGACGGACAUGACAUUAAAACAUUGAAACUGAGAUGGUUGAGGCAGCAAAUAGGACUUGUAAGCCAAGAGCCUGCUUUAUUUGCAACAACUAUCCGAGAAAAUAUAUUGUUGGGUAGGCCUGAUGCCGACCAGGUGGAGAUUGAAGAAGCUGCAAGAGUAGCUAAUGCUCAUUCGUUUAUCAUCAAGCUCCCCGAAGGCUAUGAGACCCAGGUAGGAGAGAGAGGAUUGCAGCUUUCUGGAGGGCAAAAGCAGAGAAUAGCAAUAGCAAGGGCAAUGCUGAAGAACCCAGCAAUUCUUCUUCUGGAUGAGGCAACAAGUGCAUUAGACUCUGAAUCUGAAAAGCUAGUGCAAGAAGCCCUUGACCGAUUCAUGAUUGGUAGAACAACUCUUGUAAUUGCCCAUCGCCUUUCCACCAUUCGCAAGGCUGACCUUGUUGCGGUGCUUCAGCAAGGAAGUGUUUCUGAAAUUGGAACUCAUGAUGAACUCUUCGCUAAGGGUGAAAAUGGAGUUUACGCCAAGCUUAUCCGGAUGCAAGAAAUGGCACAUGAAACUGCCAUGAAUAAUGCCAGAAAGAGCAGUGCAAGGCCGUCGAGUGCAAGAAAUUCUGUAAGCUCCCCAAUAAUUGCUCGGAAUUCCUCUUAUGGCCGCUCACCAUAUUCACGCAGGCUAUCUGACUUCUCUACUUCUGAUUUUAGUCUAUCCCUUGAUGCUUCGCAUCCAAACUAUAGGCUUGAAAAGCUUGCCUUCAAAGAGCAAGCCAGUUCCUUUUGGCGCCUUGCGAAAAUGAAUUCUCCUGAAUGGCUUUAUGCUUUUGUCGGUUCUAUAGGCUCCGUUGUUUGCGGAUCUCUCAGUGCAUUCUUUGCAUAUGUUCUCAGUGCUGUGCUUAGUGUCUAUUACAAUCCAAAUCACAGAUACAUGAUCCGAGAAAUAGAAAAGUACUGUUACUUGUUGAUCGGGCUUUCAUCGGCUGCACUUCUCUUCAAUACACUGCAACACUUCUUUUGGGAUAUUGUUGGUGAAAACCUUACUAAACGAGUGCGGGAGAAAAUGCUUACAGCUGUGCUGAAAAAUGAAAUGGCUUGGUUCGAGCAGGAGGAAAAUGAGAGUGCCCGUGUUGCAGCAAGGCUCGCUCUUGAUGCCCAAAAUGUUAGAUCAGCCAUUGGAGAUCGGAUUUCAGUAAUAGUGCAGAAUACUGCUCUUAUGUUAGUUGCUUGUACUGCAGGGUUUGUAUUGCAAUGGCGCCUUGCACUUGUCCUCAUAGCUGUCUUCCCCGUUGUUGUUGCAGCCACUGUUUUGCAGAAAAUGUUCAUGACUGGUUUCUCUGGAGACUUGGAAGCUGCACAUGCCAAGGCCACACAACUUGCAGGGGAGGCUAUAGCAAAUGUAAGAACUGUUGCAGCCUUCAAUUCGGAGACAAAAAUUGUUGGUCUUUUCACUUCCAACCUUGAAACACCACUGCGACGUUGCUUUUGGAAGGGGCAAAUUUCUGGAAGUGGAUUUGGGAUAGCUCAGUUUGCACUCUAUGCUUCAUAUUCGCUUGGUCUUUGGUAUGCUUCUUGGCUUGUGAAACAUGGAAUCUCAGAUUUCUCCAAAACAAUCAGAGUCUUUAUGGUCCUUAUGGUCUCUGCCAAUGGUGCUGCGGAAACUUUAACCCUAGCUCCUGACUUCAUUAAGGGAGGUCGAGCCAUGAGAUCAGUGUUUGAUCUUCUCGAUCGCAGAACUGAAAUUGAACCAGAUGACCCAGAUGCUAUCCCCGUUCCUGAUCGGCUUCGUGGAGAAAUUGAACUCAAGCAUGUAGACUUCUCUUACCCCAGUCGUCCAGAUAUGCCAGUUUUUCGUGAUCUCAGUCUUCGUGCUAGGGCAGGUAAAACUCUGGCCCUCGUAGGACCAAGCGGCUGUGGUAAGAGCUCAGUGAUUGCCCUCGUACAAAGAUUCUAUGAUCCAACUUCUGGGCGGGUUAUGAUUGAUGGAAAGGACAUUCGAAAAUACAAUCUCAAGUCCCUCAGAUGCCACAUUGCCAUUGUACCUCAAGAGCCUUGUUUGUUUGCUUCUUCUAUAUAUGAAAACAUAGCUUAUGGGAAUGAGUCAGCAACUGAAGCUGAGAUAAUUGAAGCAGCAACUCUUGCCAAUGCUCACAAGUUCAUAUCUGGCUUGCCAGAUGGAUACAAAACCUUUGUUGGGGAAAGAGGAGUUCAGCUAUCCGGAGGUCAAAAACAAAGAAUAGCAAUAGCCCGGGCUUUUGUCAGGAAGGCGGAGAUUAUGCUUCUUGAUGAGGCAACAAGUGCGCUUGAUGCUGAAUCUGAGAGGUCUGUUCAAGAGGCUCUAGACCGUGCUUGCUCUGGAAAAACUACUAUUAUUGUUGCCCACAGGCUAUCAACUAUUAGAAAUGCCAAUGUGAUUGCGGUGAUUGAUGAUGGGAAAGUAGCAGAGCAAGGAUCUCACUCGCAGUUGUUGAAAAAUCACCCUGAUGGGAUAUAUGCACGCAUGAUUCAAUUACAAAGGUUCACACACACCCAAGUUAUUGGGAUGGCCUCUGGUUCAAGUUCUGCAAGACCAAAAGAUGAUGAUGAAAGAGAAGGUUAGUUGUUCACUAGAACUUACCAGCGUUAGAGGAAUAUAUGCCAAAUAUUCUUGGUGAUUAUUGGCAUUUUUGUUUCACACUAGUACAGUUUGUAUAUCAUCCUUCCCCACGUUUUCGUGCCUAAGAAUGUAACCCCUUGUCCUGAUGAUUGUUACCAAGGAAAUGACAAAGACACAUAUACAAAAGGAAUUGAAUGAAUAUUAAAAGAUGAAUUGUUUCCUUGUAGAGAA